AUGGUUAUUAAGAUUGAUUUAUGUUCAUUUAGUGAAUGGCCUAUUUACCCUGGACACGGAAGAAGAUUUGUGGCUAAAGAUGGUAGAUUAUUUUACUACUUAAAUUAAAAGAGUAGGGCCUUCUCAGCUAGAAAAGAAUAAUUUGCAUUUAUUAUUUAGAUUAAAAGCCAAGAAAUUUAAUGGACUGUUGCUUUAAGAAGAUUAAACAAAAAAAUCAAAACAGAUGAGGGUUCUAAAAACGAAGAAUUAGAAAUCUUAAAAUUUAAAGAGCUAUAGUUGGUAUUUGGUUAGAAGAAAUUCGAAGAAGAAGAAAAGAAGAUGAAAGUAAAUUUAUUUUAUAAAUUUAGAAAAAAAUAAAUUUAGAAACUCGUAAGGCUUAAGCUGAAUAAGCAGCAAGAGAGAUUAAAGAAAGAAAACAAAAGUAAAUAGAUGUCUAAAAAUAAUAACGCAAAGGAGUAACAGGUACCUAAAAAGUUGCACAAAAAGCCGAAACUAAAGCAUCUUAAAAGGCUGUUGCUAAAACUGCAGGUAAAUAAAAAGGGAAAAAAUGA